CAUUUCGCCAAAAUGGAGGGUCUUUUCUUUAAUGUGAACAAUGGCUACAUUGAAGGCAUUGUACGCGGAUACAGAAAUGGAUUACUUACGGGCCAGAACUAUAACAACUUGACCCAGUGCGAGACGAUUGAUGACCUCAAGCUGCAACUCGGCCCAGCUUAUGGCGACUUCCUUGCAUCUCUUCCACCAAACCCCUCAACCUCCAUCCUCGCCGAAAAGACCACCGAUAAGCUCAUCGCAGAGUUCCGAUAUGUACGAGCAAACGCUGUUGGGGCCCUUGCGAAGUUUAUGGACUACCUCACCUACGGCUACAUGAUCGAUAACGUCGCACUACUGAUUACUGGCACAUUACAUGAGCGAGACACGAGAGAGCUGUUGGAGAGAUGCCACCCUCUAGGCUGGUUCGAAACUAUGCCCGUUCUCUGCGUCGCAACAAAUAUCGAAGAACUCUAUAACAGCGUUUUGAUCGAAACGCCACUGGCACCAUAUUUCAAGGGCAGCCUGAGCCACCAGGAUUUGGACGAGCUAAACAUAGAGAUUGUUCGGAAUACCUUGUACAAGAACUACCUUGAGGACUUUAACAACUUUGUCAACACAGAUCCGGAUAUGGCGGGUACACCGACUGCGGAGGUUAUGACGGAGAUUUUGGAAUUCGAGGCAGAUCGGAGAGCUAUCAACAUUACGCUGAAUUCCUUUGGCACAGAUCUAUCGAAGACUGACCGGAAGAAGCUGUAUCCAAGUUUCGGCCGGUUAUAUCCGGAAGGCUCGUACAUGCUUUCCAGGGCGGAGGAUGUUGAGGGCGUAAGAUUAGCUGUGGAGGGCGUUAGUGAUUACAAGACAUACUUCGAUGCAGCGGGCAUGGGUCAGAGUAGUGCUGGAGCAGGUAAUAUGAGUGGAGGUACUGGUGGUGACGGGAAGAGUUUGGAGGAUUUGUUCUACCAGAAGGAGAUGGAGAUAUCAAAGAGUGCUUUCACACGGCAAUUCUCCUUUGCGAUUGUCUAUGCGUGGGUCAAGUUGCGGGAACAGGAAAUUAGAAAUAUCACCUGGAUUGCAGAGUGCAUAGCACAAAACCAAAAGGAGCGGAUUGGCAACUACAUCAGUGUAUUCUAG